AAUAAAUUAUCCGCAUCUGAGGCCGAUAUUCGUAACGUGUCAACCUAAGUUAGAUAUAUGAGGCUGAUAUUCGUCAUGUGUCAACCUUAGAUAGAUACACAAACUAACGUGGUAAGGACUAAGGAGUAAGGAGUAAGGAGUAAGAACCUAACACACUAGUCAUCAAAGAACUCCUGAGUUCUUUGAACUUUUGGUGUCCCAGUUACACAUCUUAUUGCAUCUUUACUAAUGUGUUUUAUAAAAUUAACUCAUACAUUUUUUGAAAAUGAUACAUGUAUAUCAAACAGAAACUAUUAAAUAUUUCUAUUAAUCUAACCAACUACGUAAUCCGUAUAAACACAUUUUAUAAAAUUACAAUAUUCAUAUAAAAUAUCACGCAUUAUGGGUAAACGGUAAACCUCCUUUCAUUGAAGGCCAAAAAAUAUCAAAUUUUGCACCCACCAAGCCUUGAUGCGAGCUCUCAAGCAAUAUUGCUCAAGGCAAUUGUUUCUUCUUCCCUUCCCUCCAAAUUUGAUAUUCAACCAAACCACCCAAAAUCAACCAUUCUCCACUCUAUCUUCUCUCAUAAAUCUCUGCAAUAAACCUAAUCUUCUCAAGCAAUUCCAUGCAAGGUGUAUCCUCCAUGGCCAUCACCAAAACCUCUCUCUCUCCUCUGAACUCAUUGAAUCCUACGCUAAUCUUGGCCUCCAUAGCCUCUCUUUACAUGUUUUUAAUUCAAUUUCCAACCCAAAUUCGGAAAUUUACAACAGGGUUCUUCAAAUUCUUGUAAAAUCUGGUGAAUUUAGACAAACCCUUUUGUUAUAUGGCAAGAUGGUGUCAAAUUCAAUGUACCCAGAUGAAUUUUCAUACGACUCUGUUCUAAGGUCUUGUAAGCGUGUAACCGAUGUUCAUUGCGGUAGAAGGGUACAUGGGCGUUUGUUGAAACUUGGGUUUGAUGUAAAUGAGCAAGUGAAAGAGGGUUUAGCUGAGUUUUAUUGUGAAUUUGGUGAGUUUGAAAAUGCACGUAAAGUGUUCGAUGAAAUGCCUGGUAGAGAAUUGGAUAACUGGAAUUCUCUGAUAGUUGAGAGUUUACAGAAUGGGAAUCCUAGGAAUUGUUUUGGGGUGUUAAAGAAAAUGAUGGAGGAGAAUAUUUGGCCGAAUUCGGUUUCUUUGAUCAAUCUGCUUAGAGCUAGCACAGAACUGAAAUCUUUGAAAUUAGGGAUGUUGGUUCAUGGUGUAAUUGUUGUUAGCGGCCUUAUUCCAGAUUUAGCUGUAAGCACCGCAUUGUUGACUAUGUAUUCCAAACUAGGUAGCUUAAAGAAUGCGAGUUUGAUGUUUGAGGUAAUGCCCGAAAAGGAUCGUGUCGUGUGGAACUUGAUGAUUUCAGCAUAUUUUCGACAUGGGCAUCCGAGAAAAUCCAUGGAGUUAUUGGUGAAAAUGAGUAAUGAAGGAAUAAGAAUGGACCUGUACACUGCACUUGCAGUCUUACCGUCAACUAUUGAGUUGAAAUCACUUGAAUGGGGGAAGCAAAUCCAUGCCCAUGGCAUCAGAAAUGGCUUAGAUAAUCAAGUUUCAGUUCAGAAUUCUUUGAUAGAUAUGUAUAGUAAAUGUGAUAGUCUGGAAGCUGCCAAAAAGGUUUUUGAUUUGGUAGUGGAGAAGACUGAGGUUUCCUGGAGUUCAAUGAUUAAAGGAUUUGUAAUCCAUGAACGAUAUUUCGAUGCUCUGUGUCUAUUUGCCAGAAUGAAAUAUGAUGGAUUUUCGGCUGAUUCUGCAACAGUUGUGAGUGUCUUGCCUGCUUGUGUGAAUGCUGGUGCAUUGGAACAGGUGAAAUAUAUUCAUGGGUGCACCAUCAAAUACGGUCUGCUCUCUGUACCUUCUGUUAAUACAGAACUUCUAGUGAGUUAUGCUAAAUGUGGAUGCAUAGACAUGGCAAGAAGGUUAUUUGAUGAGGAAGAGGUUGAUUAUAAGGACACAAUUACUUGGAAUUCGAUGAUAAGUGCAUAUUCUAAACACGGAGAGUGGCAACUAUGUUUUGAUCUUUACGAGCAGAUGAAAAAAUCAUAUUUCAGACCAGACUCUGUGACAUUUCUUGGAUUACUAACAGCUUGUGUUAAUUCAGGUCAAGUUAAUGAAGGGUGGAGAAUAUUCAAGGAGAUGACAGAAACCUAUGGUUUUCAACCUAGCCAAGAACACUAUGCUUGUAUGGUGGAUCUGUUGGGUAAGGCUGGACAUAUUAGUAAAGCUAAAGAGUUAAUAAACUCGAUGCCCAUCAAACCAGAUGCACGUGUAUGGGGUCCGUUGUUAAGUGCUUGUAAAAUGCACUCUGAGACUGCAGUUGCUGAGUUAGCUGCUGAGAAGCUGGUUGAAAUUGAACCAACAAAUGCUGGGAACUAUAUAUUGAUGUCUAACAUAUACGCUGCAUCUGGAAAAUGGGACAAAGUAGCAAAGAUGAGAAGUUUUCUUAAAAGUAAAGGGCUGAAGAAGACUCCUGGGUGUAGUUGGUUGGAGGUUCAUGGAAAAGUGCAUGAGUUUCGAGUUGCUGAUAGAUCUCACCCGAGAUCAAAUGAUAUAUAUUCCAUUUUGCAGUAUAUAGAACUCGAUAUUGAGGACAUCAUAAAGGAAGGCCUACAAAAGCCAUGGGUUGUUGCAGAUAUUGAACAUUAGACAAGAGAAAGACAGUUGUGUUUGUGUGUAAUUUAGGGAGGAACUCUUGUCCAAUUUUCGGGAUUGCAUGUUUUGACUCAAUCUCAAGUGCUUUUAUUCUAAAA